AUGAGCGCCUCAUCCCGCUUGGAAGAAGUAGAGGAGGGCCCAGCAGAGCAGGACCCAGUAAAGCAGGGUCUGGUAGAGGAGGGUCUUUUAGAGGAGGACCCGGUAGAGGAGGACCCAGUAAAGGAGAACACAAUAGAGAAACACCCAGUAAAGGUCAGCCCAGUAAAGGAGACCCCAGUAGAGGAGGGCCCCAGCACACAGCAUAGAGUAGGACCCAGUAAAGGAGACCCCAGUAGAGUAGGACCCAGUAAAGGAGACCCCAGUAGAGUAGGACCCAGUAAAGGAGACCCCAGUAGAGUAGGACCCAGUAAAGGAGACCCCAGUAGAGUAGGACCCAGUAAAGGAGACCCCAGUAGAGUAGGACCCAGUAAAGGAGACCCCAGUAGAGUAGGACCCAGUAAAGGAGACCCCAGUAGAGUAGGACCCAGUAAAGGAGACCCCAGUAGAGUAGGACCCAGUAAAGGAGACCCCAGUAGAGUAGGACCCAGUAAAGGAGGGUCUGGUAGAGGAGGGUCUUUUAGAGGAGGACCCGGUAGAGGAGGGCCCAGUAAAGCAGGGUCCGGUAGAGGAGGGUCUUUUAGAGGAGGACCCGGUAGAGGAGGACCCAGUAAAGGAGACCCCAGUAGAGUAGGACCCAGUAAAGGAGACCCCAGUAGAGUAGGACCCAGUAAAGGAGACCCCAGUAGAGUAGGACCCAGUAAAGGAGACCCCAGUAGAGUAGGACCCAGUAAAGGAGACCCCAGUAGAGUAGGACCCAGUAAAGGAGGGUCUGGUAGAGGAGGGUCUUUUAGAGGAGGACCCGGUAGAGGAGGACCCAGUAAAGGAGACCCCAGUAGAGUAGGACCCAGUAAAGGAGACCCCAGUAGAGUAGGACCCAGUAAAGGAGACCCCAGUAGAGUAGGACCCAGUAAAGGAGACCCCAGUAGAGUAGGACCCAGUAAAGGAGACCCCAGUAGAGUAGGACCCAGUAAAGGAGACCCCAGUAGAGUAGGACCCAGUAAAGGAGACCCCAGUAGAGUAGGACCCAGUAAAGGAGGGUCUGGUAGAGGAGGGCCCAGCAGAGCAGGACCCAGUAAAGGAGACCCCAGUAGAGUAGGACCCAGUAAAGGAGACCCCAGUAGAGUAGGACCCAGUAAAGGAGACCCCAGUAGAGUAGGACCCAGUAAAGGAGACCCCAGUAGAGUAGGACCCAGUAAAGGAGACAAGAACCCCCACCCCACCCUCACCCCCGACCCCAACCGAAUCGUAGGAACAACGAGGGGGCCCCAAAGGCCCUAUACCCCCGGGAACUCGCGCGCAGCUCUGAGAUUCGGGGAAAAUGGACUCUGUUUCUCUCAAUAUGUGUCCUGGGAACUGAUGUACGUUCGCAGUGGAGUUUCCGGCCCUUCCCUCUAA